GUGAAGAUAUUUAUAGUAAGUUACAUAGUAGAAAGGGCUCAUUACAGUUUCCUAGAGCCUAUGGGUAUGUCUUUGAAUAGGUUGUUUCGUAAAAUAAACAGUCAAAAACUCAGGAAUAUUCGUUUUACCAUAACAGAUGACUGAUUUAAGCACAAGUAUAAUAAGUAAAUGUUAACUUAAUGAGAAACUGACCACGAGAAGUUUGGGCAUUUCUUUUUUAAACCUCUAUGGAUAAAUUGGCUCCUGUGAAAAAUCUGAACAAUGAACACUUAUGGAAUCAUAACCUGGGAGAAGCUGACUGCAACGAUGACAGUGGUGCUGAAGAAACAUCACUCUACUCACGCUACUUCAAACUUUCAAGCUUGAUCUUUUUGUUUCGAGUGAAGGACCCUGCAGCAAAAAUGACAUAUUGUGUAUUUUAAAAAGAUUUAAACAAUGAAUUGAUUGAAGACUAUCAAACUUGUUGCCAAUUUAUUUUAGUUGAUAAACUAAUUGAUUAAUUAACUAAGCACAACCUCUACAUAGCUUUAGGAAACCAGAGGUCACCUGAAAUUAGGUUUAAGUAUGACAGUGACAUUAAAGCUCAAGUGUUGUUUAUUAACGGUCUUAAAUAGCUGCAUUCCAGUUUAAUGAUUCAAUAUUGAAAACUUAUUUACCACCUCAUGCUUGCAUUCAUAACUAAUUCCUUAAACAUUUCUAGUGUGCACAUAUCCUAAAAAAGUGUAGGUUCCUAUAUCACAGAAUAUCUUCACAAUAUGGGUAUGUAAAGUUUAUAUAAAGUGUCUGACAAUAUUGUGGCAUUGGAUUUUUCUUUCUUUUUAAACAAAAAUAAAAAAUAUUGCCAUGUAUUUUUGGCAGGGUGCUUGUGUUACACUCCAGACUUGUUGCACCUCUAGGUCCGGGUGAAGGCAUCCCAUUUCCCUACUCAUGUUACAUCUAUGACUGUAGUUAUCUGAGGGGCCCUCCCGGGUACAGCAUGUGCUUUGAGAAUCCACAACAUCCCCCUUCAGAGAAGCCCAUGUUGCUUUUGGAUAGGACAUAAUUACCGGCGCAGCGUCUUGGCUCACCACCUAUGAUCUGUUGUCAGUGUGACAGACUAACCUUUUAUAUGAGUGUUUCUGAGUGUCUCGCAGUCCUAAAUGUUGCCUGAAUGCCUGUAGAUGUGUGUGUCUCUCUGUGUGUCAUUGUCUGUGUUUCAGUGUGUGUUUGCGUGUUGUUGUCAGUAUUUCCCGGUCUGAUCGCUCCCGUGUCUGACAGCCCUUGUCCUGUACUUACACAGCAUAAGCUGAAGCCUUCGCAGAGGGACAAGGUACGGCAGUUCAUGUCCUUCACACAAGCUGGGGAGAAGACAGCUGUGUACUGCCUCACGCAGAAUGACUGGAAACUAGAAGUUGCUACCGACAAUUACUUUCAGAAUCCAGAUCUCUACUGUAAGGAAUCCAUGAAAACGUCAGUAGAUCGGAAAAAGCUGGAGCAGCUCUACAAUCGCUACAAAGAUCCCCAGGAUGAGAAUAAGAUUGGUAUUGAUGGGAUCCAACAGUUUUGUGAUGACCUCUCGCUGGAUCCGGCCAGCAUCACCGUUCUGGUCGUUGCGUGGAAGUUUCGUGCUGCUACUCAGUGCGAGUUCAGCAAGAAGGAGUUUUUGGAUGGAAUGACAGAGUUGGGGUGUGAUAGCCCAGAAAAACUGAAGGCCCUCUUGCCAAGAUUAGAGCAGGAGCUCAAAGAUAGUGGGAAGUUCAAGGACUUCUACCAGUUCACCUUUAACUUUGCCAAAAAUCCUGGACAGAAAGGUCUAGACUUGGAGAUGGCUGUAGCCUACUGGAACCUGGUUCUGUCAGGACGAUUUAAGUUCCUCGAUCUUUGGAACAGAUUCCUUUUGGAACACCAUAAACGGUCAAUCCCCAAGGACACGUGGAACCUAUUGUUGGACUUUGGGAACAUGAUUGCAGACGAUAUGUCAAACUAUGAUGAGGAAGGAGCGUGGCCGGUCCUUAUAGAUGAUUUUGUGGAAUUCGCCCGACCAAUUGUAACAGGAUCAAAACGUAAAACUCUCUAAAUCCAAUCCCAACUCUGGAAAGCCAGAACCUUGUUUCUUUUACAGUGACUUCAUAGUUUUUUUUAAGACUUGUACAAACAAAAAGUGAAAAAUCGUAGACUUCAGAGAGAAAACAGAAGCACUUGAAACUGUCAGGAAACCACCUUUCAGGGAGCUGAGUAAAAACUAUGAGAGCAACUGGCCACAUUUUCUGUCCUCGUGAGACUGAGGCGUCAUACGGACAUUACCGGAUUCACCGUUGUCUCUACUGUUGGAUUCUCAGCAUCCUGGACACCCCUCUGCUCUGCUCCAGGAGGAGCACUACCUGUCAGGCCACAGCCCUGUAAGUGGGAAUGGACAUGGCACUGAGAGGAGGCUCACUGGCUGUGUGCACUCUAAAGGGACUGGAGAGGAGAAAACUGUGUUUUAAGAUUCUUCCUAGUCAGCUUUGUUUUGUUACAUGAAGCUCUGAGUGACUGUGCAAAGUUCCCAUGUUUUACUCUAAUCUCGGGAGUGCUCACUACACCAGCACCAACAGAACUGUUGCAUAUUUUACUGUACAUGCUGUAUCUAUUGGGACAGUUUACAAAGAGAGCUAUAUGAAGAAUAAUAUAAAUAUGUUCAAUUUAUAAAUGCAAAAGAUGUUUCUUUUAUGUACAGUAAAUGCUAAGAUCUCUAACGGGAUGCCUCAAUAUUGUGGAUGAUAUGCUGUUGGUUUAAUUGUUAGGUGGAUCUGUCAAGUCAUGGAAUUGUGAGCUUCUCAUUGAAAGCAUGUUAAACACAUUUUACGUCACCUCGGGCUGGUUUCACGAUACAUUUUCAAGAAAGUAAAGACAGUGCUUUAAUUUAGAUAGUUGGUUUGUGGUAUUCAUUUGUCAGGUUAAUCUCAGUUGGGAGUCUUGAAUUCUACACGAUGUAGACCACAGCACCACAAGUUUUAUUUUUAUCCCCCUGAGACAUUAUUAAUGCUAAAGUGACAAUUCAGCAGCAUUAAAAUCAAAUUCAAAGUUAAUAAAUUCCAGACUCUUUAGGAUUGCAUGGCACAUAUCUGUAUGUUAUGGCAGUGCAAAGCUCCAAGCUCAGUAGCCAGGACACUAAAGAGGGCGACAACAGGACGACAAAGUAAGCCUUAAUGAAUAAAUAUGUCUGUUCAAUAUUUAUGUUUCUGUUCAAGCCCAUCUGUCCAGUGUUACUGAAGGUAGUGAAAACUAGAAUAUAUUGUUAAUACAUCAUGUAAGUAGCCUAAGUAUAUUGUUCAUUUAAGAAAGAUGAAUAAAGCAUGGGUUUUCCAUAA